ACUGUAAAAGGGUGGUGCAAGAAAGACGGGGACAAUGGGAUAUACCUGGAUCGGCGGCACUCAGCACUCAGUAGUCAAUUCGUCAUUCAUCAGGCAGUGGAGAUAGUAGUGUAGUACUUGGGUCUUUGCUUGUGCGUUACCGUCGAUUUAUAAUAUAAAAUACUAAUUAGCAUCAUUAAUAUUGUAAAAUAUUCGUAUGUAAUAUCGACUAAAUAGUAUAAUAUAUCGACCGCGAUCAUAAUGGCAUUAUCAAAGAUUUGUGAGUUUUAUUUGCGAGGCGAAUGCCGGUACGGCGUUCAGUGUUGGAAUUCGCAUGAAGGGAAGACUCAUAGAGAACAUGAAUCCAUUGAAUUUGCUAGAGCGCAAGAAAUGAUGAGGAUAACUUCAAGGAAUUGCAUGCUCAGACAACUUGCAAAGGUCUCAGUAAAGGCUGCUCAAGGUGAUCAAAUAAGUGCCUAUAAAAUGAAUCAAUUUAUUAAAACACUACGAGAACAACAUGGUUAUGAAGGCCCAUAUCCACAUAUGGUUACCGUUCCUACUGGUAUCUUAAGUGCACAACUAGAAGUACAUGAUCAUUCUGCAAGCCCAGCUCAAAGUACCAGUACCACUAGCACUAACGUCUCAAUUGCACAAGUACAAGUACAUGAUCAUUGUGCAAGCCCAGCUCAAAGUACAAGUACCACUAGUACUAACGCCCUAAUUGCACAAGUACAAGUACAAGAUCUUUGUGCAAGGCCGUCUCAAAGUACUAGUACCAGUACCAAUGGUACUAAUGCCUUAACCACACAAGUGCAAGCACAAGAACUUCAAUUGCAGCUUGAAGCAUCCAUGAGGCAUACCAAUAUUAAAACAACCUGA